CCGGGAGGCAACCCAGCAAACAGGGCAGAGGUUGAAGCAAGAGUUCUUCCAACUCGUUGUUUUGGCUGGGAACAUGGACUCUCCUGGUUCAAUUGAAGUAAAAUACAUAAAGAAUUUGCAAAAACAAGUCUUUCUCUUGGAAUGUGAAACAUCAUAUCUCAGAGAAAAGGCUAGAAGAGUUACAAGUAUCCAACCUAAAAUUACUAAAGAGGCUUCAAAAUUGCUGCAAAAAAUGAAGGAAUAUUACUGCAAUGCUAGAAGUUUGGCAACUGAAGGAAAUUUCCAUUUGAGGGUUCAGAAUUUGUAUAGGGGGCAAGACCCUUAUUUUGAACCCCCUAUAGAUCAAUGUCAGCUUCAUUCCUGGGCCUUCACCCCAUAUGCAAAUGCUAAAGAAAAACUGGCAUUAAUGGAGGAUGCUACAAAGCUGAAGAGACUGGCUGACAUCAGUACCCAGGAAGUUUCAAAUAAAGAAGCAGAACUGCUAAAAAUUCAGCGAGAAGUACAGCAGACUAUAAAUGCAGUGAAGGAAAAAGAGCAUGAUGUCCAAAUUUGGGAAUCACAGCUUCAGCAGCAGAUUCAGCAACACCAAGAUAUGGAGCAGAAACUUACAAAAAGCAGAUCAGAAUAUAUACAGCUGCAGGCACUACUCCAUCAGCUAGAAGAGAAAUUCCUGACCAGUUCCCAGUCCACUCAACAGCAGAUAGCUAAAGAACUUCGUGAAGAAGCUGAAAAAUUAAAGCAAGCCCUCAAGGAAAUGGGACUUUCAACUGAUGAAGACAAAUACUUGCGGAACAAGAUGGCAGAAGAUUGUGGGCAUCUGACAAGAGAAAAUAGUCUCCUCCAGGCUCAAGUGCUGAAAGCCACAAAGCAACUCAAUAGAGAGAGACAGCUGAGAGAAGAGGAGAGUAGCUCCUAUUCAAGAGAGGUCUCUGAAAUGGCUUCAGGAAGAGAGAGAGAACGGAAACUAGAGAUGGAGCUCACCUACUUGAAGGCAUUACUACAGGAUGAAAAGCAGAAAAAUUGUAAAGCACAGGAUAAGGUACUUCAUCUGCAGCAAGAAAGAAGGUCUGUGGAUCAAAAUGGACAGUUGCUUCAGGCAGAACUAACAAAUUUAGAAGAAAGACACGCUGCAAUUCAACUGGAAAAUUCUAAGCUACACACAGAAAAAACUGUUUUGGUAGAACAUAUUUCUCAUUUACAUGAACAGAUUGCUGAAAAGGAAAAGGACAUGAAUUUUCUGCAAAGCCAAGUUAACUGUUUGUCCAGUGACCUCAACCAUUUGAAGUCUCAAGUUAAUGUGGCAUCUGUACUGCAGAGAGAAAAUGGAAAGAGUCCUCCCCAUGUUUCAACAGCAAAACAUGCAUCGAUGAACUAACCUCAGGAAGCAGUUGUCUAUCUGUUCACCUACUAUAAGAACAUCUCUUUUCAAAUGUUUCCUCAAAUGAAUAAAUUACAUUUUGUUCAUCAUAGACUUCCUCUGGGUCUUAGAGCUAGGACUACAUCUUAAAAAGCUCAUAUCACAAGAUAAGUUAAAAUUAAGUUCUUUGUUGCAGGAAAACUCCUUAAAAAAAAGAAGAGAGGCACUGAUGUAUCCUGAGCUUUUCAGAGGCUGACUUUUAAGCCCUUUAGGUUGUACAUGAACAAAUAUUCAUCAAAUGAAAUAUCACGUUAGUCAGCAUACAUUAAAGAAUGGGGUUUGCAUGACAUCCUAAGUGACAUCAAAAAUUUUCAAAAAUCAUAGUCAGGUUAAUAAUCCCCUCCCACUUUGAGGAAUUGGUAAGUAAGAUGAAACUAUUGAAAACUUAGUGGCAGUUUGAUUUCUUUUUAAAAAUUCAAAGGCAUUUUUUUCACAGUAUCAUCAUAGAAAAGAAUGCCCGCCCCCCUCCCAAAAAAAGGCACAU